CUUCCUUGGAACAACUUGGAGGACAUGGGAGAGCGAGCAGAACAUGCAGGUGAACAGGGGAGAGAUGGCUAACUGUAUCUUCAUUCGGCCUUGGAAAGACUUGCUGCUGAUUCAACGCUAAAACAUACUUUUGUUGAGAUGGGACUGCUGAAGCGUGUUCAGAGCUCGACUCUGAAAGAGCACAGCCCUGGGAGGCCUUUAUGAGGAAAUGUAUUUCUAAUGUAUCAAAGAUCUGGAAGGAAAAUCUUCAGUGAAUGACUGGGGUAGGUAUAUCGGUAGAAAACUUUUUCAAACUGGUCAGAUCAUGGGCACAUUUUAUUUAAAACUACAAGCUACAAACCUUCAACAUGUUUUAAGUUGUGAAAUUUUUUUUUGAAAGAGGUAGAAGCUCUUACAAAGAAACACCAACUUCCACAUUUUCUGAGCACAAGCAGAUAAAGAGUGUUAAUGUCAUACUGUCAUACUAUGUUAGCCAAUUUAGUGUUUGAAUGAGAGCUGUUUCACUGAGUGCAGGCUGUAAGACUGGGUUAGUGUCCUCAUGGGGGAUUUUUUAGUCUGGAUUGUCUAGUAACAGGCAAAAGAACUGGUUGUUUCCCAAUCCAACUGCCAGAAAGAUAGGAGUUUCCUGAAUGUGUUCAGGUGUGGCCUUCCUCAGAUCAUUGUGCUCUACUGCGUGUAUCCUAAAAGAAUGUACACCCAAACUGAAUAACCCACAGUGACUGAGAUAACAUUGAGGAGUUAUCACACUCUACUGUCACUGUCAAUAUUAACUCCAGGCCUUGAAAGGAGAGGUUUUUAUAGAUGACGGAAGAGAUCCUGUAAUUCAGUGGACAAGAGUUAAUAUCAAACUUACUUUGGACGGUUUGAAUACACCAAUUGACCAACAGUAUGUCAGUAAUCUCACUGUCCCAAAGUUCUUCUCAUGGGAGUGUACUGCAAUAACUGAUGAGUCAUUUCAUGUCUUGACCGAAGAGCACUAUCACCACCAUCUGAUUCAGAGCUUGCAUCAGCCCAGUGGACAGACUUUUAUUUCAGUGGUUGUGAAGCAUUUCCAGGAACACUUAGGCUAAGAAGAUGGUUGGAUUCCACAGAUGACCCUGAAACUCUACAUAGGCUCUGUCUAACCACAGAAUUGGAUCCAUUCAAUCACAACUGCAUUCUGGAGAUAACCAGAUUUGUUCGAGGCCGUGGCAUGGAUGAGGUACGGCCUACCAGUGGUGCUCAAGCCCACGGGCUGGUGCCGCUGUUUCCUCCCGGACUGCAGGCUAUCUACGGGGAAUGCCGGCGACUCUACCCCGAGCAAGCCAACCCGCUUCAAGUAACAGCCAUUGUUAAAUACUGGUUAGGGGGACCAGACCCGUUAGACUACAUCAGUAUGUAUAGGAAUAUGGGCUGUCCAGCUCAGGACAUCCAGGAGCAUUGGCACUAUGUCAGCUUUGGACUGAGUGACCUGUAUGGGGAUAAUAGGGUUCAUGAAUUCACAGGGGCAGACGGACCCAGUGGAUUUGGCUUUGAGCUCACCUUUAGACUCAAAAGAGAAACGGGGGAGACAGCACCACCAACCUGGCCUGCUGAGCUCAUGCAAGGCUUGGCUCGCUACGUGUUCCAGUCAGAAAACACAUUUUGUAGUGGCGACCAUGUAUCGUGGCACAAUCCACUAGACAACAGUGAAUCUCGUAUCCAGCAUAUGUUGCUUACUGAGGACCCACAGAUGCAGCCAGUUCAUACGCCAUUUGGCGCAGUGAGCUUUCUCCAGAUUGUGGGUGUAUGCACAGAGGAGCUACAGGCAGCCCAACAGUGGAACGGUCAAGGCAUCCUGGAGCUGAUGCGUGGAGUCAAAGUAGCUGGUGGCCCCUGGCUAAUCACAGAUAUGAGGAGAGGGGAGACCAUUUUUGACAUCGACCCACACCUACAACAGGAGAGAGUGGACCAGGGUAUCGAGACAGAGGGCUCUAACCUGAGCGGGGUGAGCGCCAAGUGUGUUUGGGACGAUCUGAGUCGACCGCCAGAGGAUGAGGAGGACAGCCGAUCCAUCUGCAUAGGAUCACAGCCACGCAGGCUCUCAGACAAAGACACAGAGCAGAUCAGGGAGACCCUGAGAAAAGGACUGGAGUUUAACAGCAAGGCAGCACUACCACCCAUCAACACCCAGAGACAGAGUCAUGAGAGACCUCAGAGUCGGAAAGACAGUUUGGAGAGUGAGAGUUCAGCAGCCAUUGUUCCACAUGAGUUGGUCCGAACACGUCAGUUGGAGAGCGUCCAUUUGAAAUUCAACCAAGAGUCAGGCACACUGCUGCCCCUCUGCCUGCGGGGCCGGUUGCUCCAUGGGAGACAUUUCACUUACAAAAGUAUCAAUGGAGACACAGCCAUUACAUUUGUGUCUACAGGAGUUGAAGGAGCUUUUGCUACUGAGGAGCAUCCAUAUGCAGCCCACGGCCCCUGGCUUCAGAUAUUGUUGACUGAAGAGUUUGUGGAGCAGAUGCUUGGGGAUUUACAGGAACUUAACACUCGUGAGGAGGUAAGUAAAAAAAAAACAAAGUUACCAAAGGAGUACAGUUGGCCAGAGAAGAAGCUGAAGAUCUCUGUUCUACCAGACUCUGUGUUUGAUAAUCCACUCCAGUGAGACCGAGACACUUAAUCACUAGAAAAUACCAACAAUACCUUCAAACACACACUUCGGGGGGUGGGGGCAUCAUGAACAGGAAGGCUCCCAGGACAUGCAGCGACCCUGAGGGUGCACAGAUAUGUUGUUCCCACAGUGGACGGCCUGAGACUGUUUCAUCCCUUAAGAUGAUCUGACUUCUAACUGUUACUGCAUUCUCCGACUAUCCCCACUGUUAACAACAUUUCUCUGAGACUUGAAUGCUUUUGAAAAUGUCAAGCCAGCCUGUCCAGAUGGUUGACCUGUUAGAACAAUCAUUAUAUGUGACAUACCAGCUGUAGGGCAAAACAGGAUGUUGUCAUCCCUCCAGUAAGGCCUGCCAGGUCCAACAUAUACGUCACAAAUGCAGUUGAGCAUGCAUCCUGUGAUCACCAGACAUUAUAUCCCAAGCAAUAAAUGAGGUGCCGUUCUCAAACUACUUUUAUUCUAUUUAUUCCAGUGGCCUUAGAAAGGGCAGAAAAGUCCAUUCUAUCAGUAUUGUUUUCAAUUGAGCUAAUGUGUAUAGUAUUUACAAAUGCUGGACAUUUUUCUCUUAUGUGUUUGUGGUCAUACCAAAGUUAUAACUGUUGGCAGUCCACUGCCAGUACUGUCUGUGUCUCAAAUGUGUCAUGAUUCUGAGAGAAUGACAUGACAGGCUGAACUAUUAUUAACUACUAUUCACUGCCUGUUUGACUGGGACAACCAAACAAGCAUCUGAACCUUUUUCUUAGAUAUUUGGCAAAUGCUGCAGGUAUAACCACCUCUACCCCCUGUGCCAAGAACAUGACUCCCAUAUUGAGUAAUCAUUUUUUGAAUAUGUCUUCUUUCAGAUUUUCCAUGCUUGAUGAUACAUGUUUUAGAGUGAUGAGAUGAAAUCCAUCAAGUCCGUUGUAAAUGUGCAAAGAGUAGGAAUCUGUGUGUAGUGUCCUCUCUCAAUGUGUUGUCUUUC